GCUUCAUUUCUCAUUCACUUUUAAGCUAAAAGUCAAACAAAGUAGUUGGCUUUGUGCACAAAAUCUUGAUGUCAAAAACACAUUAAAACUUCUUACACAUUACCUCAACACAAAUCAACACUCCCAUAGCCAAUCCAAGAAACACAAUCAUGAACAUAGAACACCCAACACCAUCAACAAACCAACCUCAACAACAACAAAAAUUCUCCCUCCCCGUAGAUUCAGAAAACAAAUCAACUAUAUUCAAAAUCCACUCAAUAGCAAAACCUCACAUGCUAGCAUUUCAUCUAUCAUGGUUCUCAUUCUUUGCAUGCUUUGUUUCUAGCUUUGCAGCAGCACCACUUGUUCCUAUAAUCCGUGACAACCUUAACCUAACAGCCACGGAUAUAGGAAAUGCCGGUGUUGCUUCUGUUUCUGGUGCUGUUUUUGCAAGAAUUGCAAUGGGAACAGCUUGUGAUUUGGUCGGUCCUCGUCUUGCUUCUGCUGCUUUGAUUCUAUUGACUUCACCUGCUGUUUACUUCACUUCUAUUAUCAAUUCUCCUACUGGUUUUCUUCUUGUGAGAUUCUUUACUGGCUUUUCUUUAGCCACUUUUGUUUCUACUCAGUUUUGGAUGAGUUCUAUGUUUUCUACUACUGUUGUUGGAAGAGCAAAUGGUUUCUCAGGUGGGUGGGGUAACCUUGGUGGAGGAGCAACACAACUCAUCAUGCCACUUGUGUUUUCUCUUAUACAAGAUUUUGGUUCAACAAAAUUCACUGCAUGGAGAAUUGCAUUUUUCAUUCCUGCAUUUUUGCAAUCUUUAACAGCAUUUUCAAUUUUAAUAUUUGGUCAAGAUUUACCAGAUGGUAAUUUUCAUGGUUUGAAGAAAUCAGGUGAAAAAGAAAAAGAUGAAAUUUCAAAAGUAAUUUACCAUGGUGUGUUAAAUUAUAGAGGGUGGAUAUUAGCUUUGACUUAUGGUUAUUGUUUUGGUGUGGAGUUGACCAUUGACAAUAUCAUAGCUGAAUAUUUUUAUGACAAGUUUAACCUUAAACUUCACACUGCUGGAAUCAUUGCUGCAAGUUUUGGUUUGGCUAAUGUUUUUUCUAGACCUGGAGGUGGUUUAUUAUCUGAUUUAAUGGCUAAGAGAUUUGGAAUGAGGGGUAGAUUAUGGUGUUUGUGGAUUUGUCAAACAUUGGCUGGUGUUUUUUGUGUGAUCUUGGGACUUGUUGGAUCUUUAAGUGUGUCUGUUGUUGUUAUGCUCAUAUUUUCUGUUUUUGUUCAAGCUGCUUGUGGAAUGACUUUUGGAAUUGUUCCUUUUGUCUCAAGAAGGUCCUUAGGAGUGAUAUCAGGAAUGACAGGAGGAGGAGGAAACGUAGGAGCAGUUCUAACCCAACUAAUUUUCUUCAAAGGAUCAAGAUUUUCAAAAGAAAGAGGAAUAACACUAAUGGGAGCCAUGAUCAUAAUAUGCACCUUACCAUUAUUCUUAAUCUAUUUUCCACAAUGGGGUGGCAUGUUUUUUGGUCCAUCAUCUACAAAAGUCACAGAAGAAGAUUACUAUUUGGCUGAAUGGAACUCAAAGGAGAAGGAGAAAGGGUCUCAUCAUGGUAGCUUGAAAUUUGCUGAUAAUAGUAGAAGUGAAAGAGGUAGAAAAUUGAACAUUUCAACUAGGCCUUCUGAAGAUGUUACACCACCACAAAAUGUUUGAUUUUUUUAUAUAUUUUUUGUGUGUGUAAAUUUGUGUAUCUUUAUUGGAACAAUAAAGUUUCAAUGUCAUUGUUCUUUAGUUACAUAUUCACAUGGUUUGAUAGAGUUUUCAGUUUCUUCACUCUUAAGUUACAUACUUUCACCCUUUCUAUUUGUAAUAUAAAGGUUACAUUACUUAAUCACAUAGUAGUAGUAAAGUUGUUAAUAUUUAAAAACUUAGAAGUUUGCACGAAGAAGAAAAUGUAUAUUUCAUUGUUUA